AUGAUCCCUUCAACGAUCCGCAUUGGGUUCCGUGUGCGACAGCCGCACUUUAUUUGCCGUCUUCCAGCGGGCGGGAACAGGAAGAUAUCGUGCUCAAUAGCCUCACAAUAUCCUACAAACACUUUAGCGUCGAACCAGGCAAAAGAGAACUCUGCACUCAUGGAAACGGAGAAAGUCAAACCCGGACAUGCCGUCAUUUCAACGUUCGAUUUGUUUAGCAUUGGCGUGGGUCCAAGUAGCUCACACACCGUUGGGCCCAUGCGUGCUGGUAAGAUUUUCAUUACUGACUUGCAGGAGUUGCAGAUGUUGGAGAAGGUUACAACUGUGAAAAUAGUCCUCUAUGGAUCUCUGGCUGCUACGGGGAAGGGACAUCACACCCCGCAAGCGAUCCUUCUCGGGCUUGAAGGUUCAGAUCCCGAAACCAUCGACACUGGUACAAUUUCUUCCCGUUACGAGGCCAUACUCGCGAAUAAAACUCUUCAUCUCGGAGGCAAGCGCCGCAUUCACUUUGACAUGGACCGUGAUAUGCUGUGGCGAUGGGAUCAAGUCCUCAAGACACACCCGAAUGGCAUGCGUUUCUCAUGCUUUGGGGAAGAAGGCGAACUGUUGGCGACUAACGAGUACUACAGUGUUGGAGGAGGAUUUGUUGUAAAUGAGAAGACAAAAGUGGACGAGAAUUUGUUUUACAAGGGCGUCGACAAGCGCGUAGUGCAUGGAGCAAGGUUGCAUCAGACUCGUAACAUCGCUGAAGGAGAUCAAACACCAGCCCAAGCAGCAGCGGAUGAUCCUGGGCAUCCGCCGUAUCCGUUUGAGUCUGGAAACAGUCUCCUGGCACUUACGAGAAAACACAACCUCACUAUCGCACAAAUUGUGCAUGAUAAUGAACGCUAUUUUGGUUUAUCCGAGGACGAGAUCCACGAGAAGGUAUUCAGCUGGGUGAGUACCGCUGAGAAGACUCUCCCCGGUCGUUUGGGUCUCCAACGCCGUGCCCCGAUGCUGUUCUAUCCCGGGAUCGCAACACCCCAUUUGCAACUCAUCGGUUCAGCAUCUGCCGCUUCUGUCGGGGCGAUAAAUGCGCCAGAAUCAGACACACAAUCUUCGUCUAUUGCGGACGGAAGUGAUGGUGAAGUAAGUGCAUCAAGCAAAAUGCCGCGCGCACCAUGGGUUACAGGCUCAUUCGAUCACGCAAUUCUGCCAAUGCCCCCGCGUAAGACAAUGAUACCUGCUGUUGACUUUCUUUCUUGUUACGCAAUUGCUGUAAAUGAGGUCAAUGCCAGUGGGGGGCGCAUCGUCACCUCACCAACGAACGGUGCCGCGGGCGUCAUCCCUGCUGUGUUGAAGUAUGUAAUCGAAUUCAUCAGUGAUGACCCUGAGAAGACGAUCAAGACGUUCUUGCUGACAGCAUCAGCGGUGGGCAUGCUAUUCAAACGGGGCAGUACGAUUUCAGCUGCAGAAGGAGGGUGCCAAGCGGAAGUUGGUGUUGCAUGUUCUAUGGCUAGCGCCGGAUUUGCUGCCUGCAUGGGUGCAUCACCGGAAACUGUUCUUCAGGCUGCAGAGAUUGGCAUCGAACAUAAUCUGGGAUUGACCUGUGACCCUAUCGACGGGCUGGUUCAGGUUCCUUGCAUUGAACGAAAUAGCCUAGGUGCCGUGAAGGCUGUGACCGCAGCUCAGCUUUCCAUGGCUAGCACCGGCGUAUACCGUGUAACCUUGGACGAGGCAAUUGAGGCAAUGCGUCUUACCGCUGCUGAUAUGAGCGUCAAAUACAAAGAAACCAGCCUAUCUGGUCUUGCUACAACCGUGAAGAUUCCACUGACUGUGCCUGCGUGCUAA